AUAACUUUAUUCUUUGUGUCUAGAAUACAGGAGCCAUUUAAGAUGAAGGGUGGCCAAGAAGAACUUGGCAAUAAAGAGAGAGAAUUUGUGUAUCAGUUCACUGCUGGAAACCAGCAUUUUGUCCUCACUGUUCCACUGAAAUUCCCAGUGGAAGAAAAUGCUAACCACCUGCACGGGCGCCUGAUGCUUCUUCAUGAUUUGCCAUGCUUCAUUGAAGAUGAUUUAAAAGAAUCCCUUAAUAAAUUCAUUGAGGAAGAAUCCAUAAAAGAGUAUGACAGAGAGGCAGAAGCAGCUCUGGAGGCUGUGAAGUCUGGCAAAGUUGAUUUGCACCACCUGACAAACUCAUGGGCCAGAGCUUAUACUGAGGCAACACUAGAACAUGCAAGGCCUGAAGAUCCCAGUUGGGAUGAAGACUUUGCAGAUGUCUAUCAUGAUUUGAUCCAUUCUCCUGCCUCUGAAACCCUCUUGAACCUAGAACACAACUAUUUUGUUAGCAUAUCAGAAUUAAUAAGUGAAAGAGAUGUAGAACUGAAAAAAUUACGAGAAAGGCAGGGGGCUGAAAUGGACAAGGUGAUGCAGGAACUGGGGAAGUCGUUAACAGAUCAAGAUGUGAACAUGCUGGCUGCCCAACACUUUGAUUCCCAGCAGGUUUUGGAGAACAAGUGGAACAAUGAACUGAAACAAACUACAGCCAUCCAGAAACAAGAGUAUCAGGAGUGGGUGGUGAAGCUUCAUGAGGACUUAAAGAAUCCCAACAGCACUAUCAGUGAUGAAAUAAAGGUUCAGCCCAAUCAGUGGAGGGAAUCUGUAGAAGGGAAUGGAAGACUUUUUGAAGACCAGAGACAGUUGGAAGAAAGCUUCACAAUUCAUUUGGGAGCACAACUGAAAACCAUGCACAAUCUGAGAUUACUGCGGGCAGAUAUGCUAGACUUCUGUAAGCACAAGCGAAGUCAUCGAAGCGGCGUCAAACUGCACCGGCUUCAGACGGCCUUGUCACUUUACUCCACUUCUCUUUGUGGUCUAGUCCUCUUAGUGGACAAUCGCAUCAGUUCAUACAGUGGGAUCAAAAGAGAUUUUGCGACUGUUGGCCAGGAGUGUACAGACUUUCACUUUCCAGGGAUUCAGGAGCAGCUUGAAGUCGUCCAGCAAGUUGUCCUUUAUGCCCGAGCACAACGCAGCAGUAAAUCCAAGAGACUGCACGAUGCAGCAAACAGAAAUAGUGGUGGUGAUGAUAAAUCUAAGAAUUUGGAACAAAACCAAUCAAAUAUUUUGCCCGGGGAGUUUUACAUCACUCGCCACUCAAAUCUCUCUGAAAUCCAUGUUGCUUUUCACCUCUGUGUGGAUGAUAAUGUGAGGUCAGGGAACAUCACAGCCCGGGAUCCUGCAAUAAUGGGCCUUCGAAACAUCCUCAAAGUGUGUUGCACGCAUGACGUUACUACUGUGAGCAUUCCUCUUCUGCUAGUGCACGAUAUGUCCGAGGAAAUGACGAUAUCUUGGUGUUUGAAAAGGGCUGAGCUGGUAUUUAAGUGUGUUAAAGGAUUCAUGAUGGAAAUGGCUUCUUGGGAUGGUGGAAUUUCUCGGACUGUACAAUUUCUGGUGCCACAGAGUAUUUCAGAAGAAAUGUUUUACCAACUGAGUAACAUGUUGCCACAAAUUUUCCGUGUCUCUUCUACGCUCACUCUGACGUCCAAACACUGAAUUACCUCAAGGGUUCUGGAAAAGAAUUGUAGUUAGUGAAAAUCUGAACAUGGUUAUUUGUGCAAGACAGUGACAGAAGUUAGGAUGGAAGGGGUUUUUUGGUCACAGCAGGGGGCGCAUGCAUGCAUCUGUGCAUGGUGACAGUUUGUUGUCAUUUUCCCCCUUUUAGCUCCUCCCACUUCCCUGAAUGCUGUUUUGGAGGAUCUGCUGGGAAGAAUUGCUGUAGAAAAGUUAUUGCCCUGUUGAAUUGUCACAAAGAAAAAAACAAUAUCUAUUUCUAGAUAGGAUCAGUUGACCCAAACUGUUUCUAAUGCUGUUUCGUAUUUCAUGUGACAUUUUGAUUUUCAUGCUGCUUUCAUGUCAUGAAAAAUACUUGCCUAGUAACAACUCUUGAUGAAGCCCUGUACUUGUGUAUCUACAUGCGGGGUAGAAAUGGCUACUCCAAACCACUUGCCUGGCUCAAGUACAGGUGUUGCAAUCCCAAACACAUUUACAUGUGUCUGUUGUUGGAAAUGGCAGCCUUUUGUCUGAUUUCUCCCACACGUGUACACCUCCAUAAUAUUUGAAGUAACUUGGCAAUUUCCUGAUACCACAGCAUGUGGAAGUGAAGACAUGCAAUAUCAUUGCAGCAGGACACCAGUUAAUUGUUCGAAGCAUUGCAAAGGGGGAGAUGGGAAUUAAACACAUAGCUGCCAUUUCUUUCAGCAACCAUAUGCAUAGCAUAACAUCUAAUUGUGACCUUAUUUGGAAGUGAAUCCAGAGUGUGCAGUGCACCUUUUUUCCAAAUCACUAUGACUCAGGGUUGGAUCUUGUGGAGACAUUGCACUAAUAGAUUCAUGGGAUCCAGCCUUGUGAUUGAAGGAACCAGUUGAAUAUUUUGCUGUUGAUUCAUUCAGUGUGCUCUCUUGCUUAGUAAAUCAUGAAUUGUAAUGGGAAAAGAAGUCUUAGAACUGUGAAAUAUUUCAAUAGGGCUUUGAUAAAAUGACCUGAGUAGGAGAAUGCGAAGCUCUUAGUUUGUAGAGACCACAUAGAAAAUGAUGAUAAUGCUCUCAUUAUUCUUGAUUUGUGCCUCUGACUGGUUGUUAAUUUUUGCUACAAUAAACUUUGGUGACGAGGA